AGACUUGUGUGAGUGUGCGUGGUGCAGUGCACAGUGUAGAGACUCGUGUGAGUGUGAAUGGUGCAGUGCACAGUGGGCAGACUCUAGUGAGUGUGAAUGGCUCAGUGCACAGUGGGCAGACUCGUGUGAGUGUGAGUAUGCAUGGCGCGGUGCACAGUGUAGAGACGAGUGUGAGUGUGCAUGGUGCAGUGCAGUGUGUAGAAUCGUGUGAGUGUGCAUGGCACGGUGCACAGUGUGGAGACUCGUGUGAGUGCGAAUGGCGCAGUGCACAGUGUGGAGACUUGUGUGAGUGCGAAUGGCGCAGUGCACAGUGUGGAGACUCGUGUGAGUGCGAAUGGCGCAGUGCACAGUGUGGAGACUUGUGUGAGUGCGAAUGGCGCAGUGCACAGUGUGGAGACUCGUGUGAGUGCGAAUGGCGCAGUGCACAGUGUGGAGACUUGUGUGAGUGCGAAUGGCGCAGUGCACAGUGUGGAGACUCGUGUGAGUGCGAAUGGCGCAGUGCACAGUGUGGAGACUUGUGUGAGUGCGAAUGGCGCAGUGCACAGUGUGGAGACUCGUGUGAGUGCGAAUGGCGCAGUGCACAGUGUGGAGACUUGUGUGAGUGCGAAUGGCGCAGUGCACAGUGUGGAGACUCGUGUGAGUGCGAAUGGCGCAGUGCACAGUGUGGAGACUUGUGUGAGUGCGAAUGGCGCAGUGCACAGUGUGGAGACUCGUGUGAGUGCGAAUGGCGCAGUGCACAGUGUGGAGACUUGUGUGAGUGCGAAUGGCGCAGUGCACAGUGUGGAGACUCGUGUGAGUGCGAAUGGCGCAGUGCACAGUGUGGAGACUUGUGUGAGUGCGAAUGGCGCAGUGCACAGUGUGGAGACUCGUGUGAGUGUGCAUGGCACAGUGCAGUGUAGAGACUCAUGUGAGUGUGAAUGGCACGGUGCACAGUGUAGAGACUCGUGUGAGUGUGAAUGGUGCAGUGCACAGUGGGCAGACUCUAGUGAGUGUGAAUGGCUCAGUGCACAGUGGGCAGACUCGUGUGAGUGUGAGUAUGCAUGGCGCGGUGCACAGUGUAGAGACGAGUGUGAGUGUGCAUGGUGCAGUGCAGUGUGUAGAAUCGUGUGAGUGUGCAUGGCACGGUGCACAGUGUGGAGACUCGUGUGAGUGCGAAUGGCGCAGUGCACAGUGUGGAGACUUGUGUGAGUGCGAAUGGCGCAGUGCACAGUGUGGAGACUCGUGUGAGUGCGAAUGGCGCAGUGCACAGUGUGGAGACUUGUGUGAGUGCGAAUGGCGCAGUGCACAGUGUGGAGACUCGUGUGAGUGCGAAUGGCGCAGUGCACAGUGUGGAGACUUGUGUGAGUGCGAAUGGCGCAGUGCACAGUGUGGAGACUCGUGUGAGUGCGAAUGGCGCAGUGCACAGUGUGGAGACUUGUGUGAGUGCGAAUGGCGCAGUGCACAGUGUGGAGACUCGUGUGAGUGCGAAUGGCGCAGUGCACAGUGUGGAGACUUGUGUGAGUGCGAAUGGCGCAGUGCACAGUGUGGAGACUCGUGUGAGUGCGAAUGGCGCAGUGCACAGUGUGGAGACUUGUGUGAGUGCGAAUGGCGCAGUGCACAGUGUGGAGACUCGUGUGAGUGCGAAUGGCGCAGUGCACAGUGUGGAGACUUGUGUGAGUGCGAAUGGCGCAGUGCACAGUGUGGAGACUCGUGUGAGUGCGAAUGGCGCAGUGCACAGUGUGGAGACUUGUGUGAGUGCGAAUGGCGCAGUGCACAGUGUGGAGACUCGUGUGAGUGUGCAUGGCACAGUGCAGUGUAGAGACUCAUGUGAGUGUGAAUGGCACGGUGCACAGUGUAGAGACUCGUGUGAGUGGUGCACAGUGUAGAGACUUGUGUGAGUGUGCGUGGUGCAGUGCACAGUGUAGAGACUCGUGUGAGUGUGAAUGGUGCAGUGCACAGUGGGCAGACUCUAGUGAGUGUGAAUGGCUCAGUGCACAGUGGGCAGACUCGUGUGAGUGUGAGUAUGCAUGGCGCGGUGCACAGUGUAGAGACGAGUGUGAGUGUGCAUGGUGCAGUGCAG